CUACCAUCGACCACCUCAAGAAUAUCAAUCGCCCAAAAUGGUGUCCUCUUCUCGACGCACUUCGCGCAAGCUGCACUUCUCGGCGCCUAGCCACCUUAGGCGCAAGAUCAUGAGCAGCGGCCUCUCCAAGGAACUGCGAGGUGAACAUGGCGUCCGCUCUCUCCCCGUGCGCAGGGAUGACGAGGUCCUGAUCGUUCGCGGAAGCUCCAAGGGUCGCGAGGGAAGAGUUCAACAAGUCUACAGGAAGAAGUGGGUCAUCCACGUUGAGCGUGUGAGCCGCGAGAAGACCAACGGAACUACCGUUGCUCUGCCGAUCAGCCCUUCCAAUGUCGUCAUCACCAAGCUGAAGAUGGACAGAGACCGCCAAAACCUCAUCAACCGCAAGGCUGCUAACGCUGGCAGUGCUCCAACGAAGAAGGAGGAGGCAUAAACCGUCUCGAGUCUCUUUGACCAAUUGCUUCCACCCCGGCUGCCUACUAUCGAUCACUUGCCCCGUCCGUCUCGCAACACUCUCACCGAGGGGGUUCGAACGAGCUC